AUGACAGGUCAGUCAGCUAAAGCUCAAGAUGAUAUGUAUAAGGAAGCGAAGAGCUCAUAUUUUGAUUUACCAGCACUGGAUGUGUCUGUUGCAUUUCCCCAAGCCACAUCGGCAUCUAUAUUUCCUCCCUGCACUUCAGACUAUUAUCAGUUCAAUGAUCUAUUGACUCCUGAGGAGCAGGCCAUCAGAAUAAAAGUGAGAGAGUGUAUGGAAAAAGAAGUAGCUCCAAUAAUGACCAAGUACUGGGAAAAGGCGGAAUUUCCAUUUGAAAUCAUUCCAAAACUUGGUGCCCUGAGUAUUGCUGGUGGGACGAUCAAGGGUUAUGGGUGUCCAGGUCUCUCUAUUACUGCUAGUGCUAUUAUUGCAGCAGAAUGUGCUAGAGUUGAUGCCAGCUGCUCUACUUUCAUUUUGGUGCAUUCUUCUUUGGCAAUGCUUACUAUUGCACUGUGUGGAUCGGAAACACAAAAGCAGAAAUAUUUACCGUCAUUGGCCCAACUUAACACUGUAGCUUGCUGGGCUUUGACUGAGCCAGACUAUGGAAGCGAUGCAAGUGCUUUGAAAACCACAGCAAUUAAGGUCUCAGGAGGUUGGAUCCUUGAAGGUCAAAAGCGCUGGAUAGGAAACAGCACUUUUGCAGAUGUAUUGGUUAUUUUUGCUCGGAACACUUCCACAAACCAGAUAAAUGGGUUCAUAGUAAAGAAGGAUGCCCCUGGAUUGCAAGCUACUAAAAUAGAAAACAAAAUUGGCUUGCGGAUGGUUCAGAAUGGAGAUAUUCUUUUGAAGAAAGUUUUUGUCCCUGAUGAGGACAGAUUACCUGGUGUCAAUUCUUUUCAGGAUACAAACAAGGUCCUUGCUGUUUCACGGGUCAUGGUCGCCUGGCAACCAAUAGGAAUUUCAAUGGGUGUCUAUGAUAUGUGUCACAGAUACUUGAAAGAGAGGAAGCAGUUCGGAGCUCCAUUGGCAACUUUCCAAAUAAACCAACAGAAACUAGUUCAAAUGUUGGGUAAUGUUCAAGCAAUGAUUCUUGUUGGUUGGCGCCUUUGCAAGUUGUAUGAGAAGGAUAAAAUGACUCCUGGUCAUGCUAGCUUGGGGAAGUCAUGGAUUACCUUGAGGGCCAGGGAGACUGUUUCUCUUGGACGUGAAUUGCUUGGUGGCAAUGGAAUUUUGGCGGACUUUCUAGUCGCAAAGGUCCUUGCUGUUUCACGGGUCAUGGUCGCCUGGCAACCAAUAGGAAUUUCAAUGGGUGUCUAUGAUAUGUGUCACAGGUAUCAUAACAAAGAAAUGCUCUACUUUUGGCAAGAUAUUACAUGGGGGAAAUACUUGAAAGAGAGGAAGCAGUUCGGAGCUCCAUUGGCAACUUUCCAAAUAAACCAACAGAAACUAGUUCAAAUGUUGGGUAAUGUUCAAGCAAUGAUUCUUGUUGGUUGGCGCCUUUGCAAGUUGUAUGAGAAGGAUAAAAUGACUCCUGGUCAUGCUAGCUUGGGGAAGUCAUGGAUUACCUUGAGGGCCAGGGAGACUGUUUCUCUUGGACGUGAAUUGCUUGGUGGCAAUGGAAUUUUGGCGGACUUUCUAGUCGCAAAGGCAUUCUGCGAUUUGGAACCAAUUUACACGUAUGAAGGCACCUAUGACAUCAACACAUUGGUUACAGGAAGGGAGAUUACUGGUGUUGCUAGUUUCAAGCCGGCUGCAUCCACCCAACGGAGCCGCCUGUAAUGCUGUUAACUCAAUUUCUUUGGGUUACUUGGGAGCUUUUUUGUUGUGAAUUAUGCCCCACAUUAGUUGGGAUAGCUGGUAUGUUACAGUUGUUGAAUCAAUAAUCAUGCUGAAUCCCGAAUAAAGGAUCGACAAAAAUGGAAGUGUUGUAACGCUAUUUAUCAUCCAUUAGUGAUGUUAUGUGCCACUAAGUUCAUCAACCCGACUCAAAUGGUUUGGACGACCUAAUUUUAUCAGAUAUUUAUGAUUCGAUUUGCAUUACAAUCAUACAAUCCGAUGCAGGUUCAGGAGGGAUUGAAUAGGGCUGUUAAUUGAGAAAAGUUAU